CAUUUGCAGUCUGUCACUGGGUUUGAGAAGUCUGGCUCUCUCCAUGUCACUGUGACUYGGGAGACAUCCUGCUUUCUGUGUUGCACUAAGGGAGGGGACUGCGGCUCUGAAUGUUCUUCAUGUAAAAACUGCAAAAACAGGAGCGGUGGGAAGUGUCAUGUGCGAGGAAUGUGUGGAAUGAGGGUGUAUUCAAGUGAUCCCAGGCUCAGAUAACUCCAAUAGACGGACCCAUCCCCCAUAUCAGACUCAAGAUGGAGCUGCUGAAGGGACUGCCGUUGCGCCGUACUUUUCUGGCUGUCAUCCUGAACCUGCUGGCUCUCACUUUCUCCACCACUGCCCUKCUGGGCAGCUACUGGUGCACCGGGACCCAGAAAGUACCCAAGCCUCUGUGUGGGAAGAACAAAGCCUCCCAGUGCGUCGGUGUCCCCAUGCCAUCUGAUGCAGAUGUUAGCAAUGCUUCAUCUGAGGAUGUAGUGCACUACAGCUGGGAGACUGGAGAUGACCGGUUUGCCUUCAGAUACUUCCAUGCAGGGAUGUGGCUUUCCUGUGAAGAGAGCAUGGAAGGGCCAGAAGAGAAAUGUCGCAGCUUUAUUGAGCUUUCACCACCAGCCGAGAGAGGAAUUUUGUGGCUGUCGCUGGGGUCAGAGAUGGUAUACAUCAGCUUGCUGCUCAUCAGCUUCAUCCUGAUGAUGGUGGAAAUUCUGCAUACUGGCAAUCCUGUCUGUGGGAUGAAGCUCAAUGCCUUUGCUGCUGUCUCCUCAGUGCUGUCAGGUCUCCUUGGGAUGGUGGCACACAUGAUGUACACUCAAGUCUUCCAGGCAACGGUUAAUCUGGGACCAGAGGACUGGAGACCACACACAUGGGACUAUGGCUGGGCAUUCUACAUGGCCUGGGCCUCCUUUACCUGCUGCAUGGCCUCUGCUGUCACCACUCUCAAUACCUACACCAAGACAAUACUGGAGUUCAAAAGGAACCACAUCAAGGGAUACGACGGGAGCCUAAAGGAUCAGCCUCAGCACCACCAAUGCUUCAUACAGCAAAUAAGCAGCUACUACGAGCCCAAAGGCAAGGUCUUCCAUUCAGUCUCUGAGGGAGUCGACUUCUACACUGAUCUGCAGCGGAAAAUACUACAGCGGGAACCAGAGCUGGAGCUGGAUGAAGUYUUGGGCCAGACAAUCGGGGAGGAUCGCUGUUAAGGAUGAGUGUAYAGGGACAGAGCAGUGGGGUUUGGGAGGCACAAGAGCUCUGAACCAAGCACUGGCAGGUGCCAGAAGGUUUUGGGAAGUCACUCCUUUCUCUAGAGUUCAGGGAGCGAGAAGGUGGGCACGGGUCAGGGCAAUUACAGUAGCAGGUUGGGAGUCCUCCCUGGUCAUGCAUAGUUGUGAUGGGUGCCCUCAGCUAACAAGGGUGAAACUGGAAGGACAUGUUGGUGCCAGCUGUUUCCAAACACUUUCAGAGCUGAGGCAGAUGUCCUAAUCCCAGUAUYGCACUAGGGAACAGACAGUCAGCACCACCCAGAUGGCAAAUUGCACUGCUGGGUAGUGUCACAUUGACCUUCCAUCAACACCUCCCGUUCAGUGCUAUGGUGAAGGGCGCCAGUGUUCAUAUUGAUCASCUGUCACCCUCUCUGAACACUCUAUUCUUAAUUUCCAGGCCCAAACUCUUCUCCUUGCCCCCAGAUUAAAMGUCCUGCURCAGUAGGAAUAGGGGAUAGCUUUCRGACAUCUCUCUCCUCCUCUUUCCUAUCUGUAAUGACUCUUGUAUGUUCCCUUCUUGCUUUUUGCCCAAAAAUCUCCCAUUCUGAGGUACUUUGCUGUCUGCCUCUUUUUAUUGUUUCUUCACAACCUUUAAGAAUUCAGCUGGACUUUUGCUUUUUACUUUAUUUCUCUUCAUCUGUUCU